GCGUGCCCUGCGCUUUCCCCGGGCUCUGCUUGGCCGCCCGCGCGCUCCGCGGGAGGAGCCGCCGGCGGCCGUGACGCGUCAGGGAGGAAACGUCGGCGCCGGGCGGCCCUGCCGGGAAGGAGGAAGCGCAAGUCCGCCUGGCUCCGCGCCCGCCGCGCAGGGACGCAGCCCCGCGGAGCCGGGUUUAUAAAGUUCUGGUUUCAGUUGGCAGGAGUGAGUGGUUCGUCUUCAGGAGAUAUGCAGAAUUUGAUAAGCUUUACAACACUUUAAAGAAACAGUUUCCUGCUAUGGCCCUUAAGAUUCCUGCCAAGAGAAUAUUUGGUGAUAAUUUUGAUCCAGGUAAGCAAUAACUUCAUAGACCAGCUAUUAACUGAUAGUUGAAGUUUGAAGGAGUAGUUGACAUAGUCAUUGUAUUGUAUAGUGGUUCAGGACUUGAAAAAGCUAAUUGAUCUCAUGCUGUAUGAAAAUUAUCUCACAGGAAGGCACUUACUGUGUACCAGGCAUUGUUUUAAGCACAUUAUAAGUUUUGUUUUAUUUGAUCCUCACAGCAGUCAUGUGAGGUGGAUAUUACUCUUACCACUAAUUUAUAGGUAAGGAAACUGAAGCAAUAAUUAGAUUAAUUAAUUUGCCCAGGAUCAAAUGCAAGUAGUCAGUGGCAGUUUUGGAAGUUAAAUUCAAGCAGUCUAGUUUUAAGUAACUUUUUUGAUCUUAAAGAUAAUUUGGGGGUACUGUUAUCAACUUUAAGUUAGUCACUUGAAGGACAUUCAUUCUUACAUAUAAGAAAAUUUCUUAAAUAUGUACUCUGUACGGAACACCCGGCAGAUCUCUGAAUGGGAUACCAAAAAAAUGCCCUGUUGUUCACUCUUGGGGAGUCUGUAAUAUCUAUUGACACAGAGGAUCUCGGGAAACGGGAGCUAAUAUGCCUGAAGUUUCAAGCCUGGAACUUUCCCCUGGAAUCUAAAAAAUAAAUUCAGGCCACAGAUGGCUACUUACAGACCAAAAAAACUCUCCUUAUCCACCAGAAAUUCCAUCAGAAGAGCCAUCUGUGUAAACCACAGAUGCGUGCUGACAAGCUGGAGUGCUCUCCCUUCCCACCGUCUUACCUCCUCGACUAAUUUCCUUGUACCUUGUAACCCAUUAAAUUACAUCUCUGCUAUUCUUAGCCACCACUCAAGAUAUAAACUCUCAAAUCUCUUUCUUGACUGUGCUUAAACUGAUCUAAACUUAAACCAUUCUUCUCCCUCUUAAACUUUUUCACUGUGCCCUCUGGAAUUCUGCCCACGAUUAACAAACUUCUCUUUAUCUUCCAUCUGUUCCAUAUUUCUUUAACAUUCUUUCUUUAAUUAAAUCAUGACUUUUCUCCUUAGGCUGUUGGAGAAAUUUACACUUUAUGAACCUCAGAAUUGGAAAAUGUUCUCACUUCUCAUUAUAUAUAGGAUUUUCUUCUGUUGGGAGAAUUUAGCACACAUCAUUGCAACUGCUAAUUUGACUUGUAGGAAGCUGUAGAUUUUAUGAAGGUGUGGGCUAUGUCUUCUUAAUUGAUUUAUAGGGUCUGGAAAAUACUAGGUUCUCAAUAAAUAUCACUGAAUCCAUUAAUAAAGAGAAGCAGAAGAUUGAAUUGACACAACGAAACCAGAUUUAUAGAUUCUCUAGGCCAAUGGCUUUUGCUUUUUAUUUUAUUUUAUUUUAUUUGAUCAAUGGCUUUUGUACUCUUGUUUCAUUUUUUAGCAGCAGAGUCCUUUUUUCUCCAGUGGAAUCUUACCCAGGACUGUAAUAUGUAGGACAAAUAAAAAUGGAGCUGCUUUGUUGGUGCAGCAGUGAAGUAUCUCUGUGGACCACAGGUUGAAAAAUAUCAUUGUAGGCAAUGAUCACAGGCAGUGUGUGGGCCUUGGAGAUACUCGAGCUAGGCAGUGAUGUGACAUGGAACCAACAGUGGAUAGUUUACAGUAGACACAGCAGAGAGAGGAGCCUGGAGGGACUGGAAGGAUGGCUGAGGGAAUCUUCCAGGAGUCUUGGAAUUAGGUCACAACAGCCUGGGCUAGGGUGAAAUGGGGCUAAAAGAAAAUUAGCCACACACAAAAACUUUUAAUAGAAAAUCUCUAAGAAAUCUUGGCAAUUCCUUAGGUAAAGGAGAUUCAUAGAGAAAAGAAUCAGAGAUGACAGAAGUGUCAAGCCUAGGAGACUGAGAGGAUUGUUAAUUUGAAGCGGCAGAAAGACCUCUAAGAGGAACCACACUACAUCGUAGUGAUAAUAUGAACCUGUAACCAAAUUGGAGGGCUGUAGAUUAAACCCCUGAGACAGCCAUUUCAUCAAGGGUAGGAGGCAAAGAGGUGAAAGACAUGCGACAUUGCUUCUUCACUGUUAAAGGAAAAAAAAUCCCAGACUAGAUACCCUGUGGUACUUUUUAUGUUUUAUGGAUUAUUUGACACUAAAAUUAGAUUUUUAUUGAAGAACAGUUUGAAUAUCUAUCCUGAGCAUAUUGUAUAUGACUUGGCAAUGAUGAAAUAGAUUCUGUGUCACAGAGGUCUUAUAAAGCCCUGCAUUUAGGUCAAACUUAAGUCAUACUCAAAAACCCAAAGAUUGAUAAUGUGCUUGUUUGGUGAGGCUUUGGGAAAGAGACAUUCUACUUUGGUGGUGGGAAGGCAAAGUGGUACAAUCCAUACAGAGGGAAAUUCGGUAAAAUUAAGCAGGCCUAUGUAUUCAUUUUCACUUUGACGAAGCAAUCACACUUCUAGGAAUUUAUCCCAAAGAUAUACUUCAUGAGAGAUGAUGUACAUAUGAGGCUAUUUAUUGUGGCACUUUUUAAUAGCAAAAACUGGAGACAAAUAUCUUCCCUCACUGGAAUACAGUACAACUAUAAAAAGGAAUGAGAAAGCUCUUUUUGUAUUGCUAUGGAGUGAUCUCCAGAAGAUACUGUGAAGGGGAUAAAAACAAGGGCCCAAUGAGUGUGUAUUUUGUGUAGGAAAGGGUGUUGGGAUUCAAAAGGAAAUAAUGGAAGGAUAAAGAAAAAACUAUUAAAGUUGUCAACUUUAAGGAGGAGGGAAUGGGGAUGGAUGCCAGGUGUCCCUGAAUGAAUCUCAUUUACGUCUUUGACUUUGUAACCAGGUUCUUUCACUGCAGCAGACUGUUUUUCUACUCCUGUCACUACUUAACAAUAGUAUCAAUAGUGAUGGUGAUAACUGCUAGUAUUUGAGUUAAUAACUGAAAAGUACUGUCAUUUACCCCUAUUUUCAGAGAUGAGGAAAGCCAAGGCUCAGCAAUGUUAGGCCACUCUCCCAAGCAACAGCUAAUAUGUGGCAGAAUUAGACUCACCCAGGUUUGUUUGUCUCUGAAGCUCAUUGUCCUAUCCCUGUACUCCAUUGACUGCUUUAUGCAUGGUGCCUUUAAAAACAAAAUUCACAGUCUUUUGCCUGCAGUUUACUUUUAAAUUACUUCUUUUGAACACAUUACAAAAAUCUUAUCUUUUUUCCUUAUCUAAAAAGCAUGGGCUCAAACUAAAUGAUUUCUGUGUUCCCUGCAGGUUCGGAAUAUCUUUUGAUUAUGAAUAUAACCAGGUUGUUCUGGUCAUCAGUAGCAGCACCAGGACUAAAACCCAACACCUCUGCAAGUCAGAUUUCAAUGAUUUUUUUUCCCUGCCCCUUGUUCUUGAAAUGACAGGAAAUCUGCAUAGUUCGCUUUGAUACUUAUUCUGGAGACUAAAACUUUCAUUUUGUUUUCUAAGCAUUAAGUUCUCUGAAUUUUCUAUUUGAAAUUUCUUUUUAAUUACAACAGAUGGAUUCACGUAAGUUUUUGGAGAAAAUUAAAAAAUGUCUAUCUUCAGUUAUAAUUCUCAAAGACAGUAUAUCAGCCUUACAAAAAUUUUUGGAAGAAGUUCAGUACUGAAACAAGGAGCCCAGUAGUAGUCAGAAUUUAGGGCCAAUUUUCUAAUGGGCAAGUACACAUUUCAGUCUUACCUGGAAUUUUUUCAGAUAUUUGCUUGCUUCAUGUUUCUCUAAAACUUAAGCUCAAAAUUGGCGGUAAAUUCUGACUACUACUGGGCUCCUCGUUCCAGUGCUGAACUUUUUCCUUCUCUUUUUAUAUAGGGCUUUACAUAGGGCUUUCAAAAUUGUUUAAAAUAAAGUCAAAAAUAAAUGGGAAGUCUAGUAGCACUUAGUACAGCAUGGGCUAUAGCUCAUUAAAGAAAGGAAAUUCCUCUCUUUUCACAGCUGGUCUCCCAAAAGCAAAAUGUCCCUUCAGGAAAUAUCCACAAGACAGUUUAAAGUUGUUUCCAUAUAAUCAUUGCAUUUUCUUUAACUACUCCAAAUGUAUUCAGUCAUCUUUGUCCUUCCUUGUAUCUGUGUCACCGCAGAUGUAUAGAUUUUAUUAAACAAAGAAGAGCAGGACUGAAUGAAUUCAUUCAGAACUUAGUUAGAUAUCCAGAGCUUUAUAACCAUCCAGAUGUCAGAGCUUUCCUUCAAAUGGACAGUCCAAAACAUCAGUCAGAUCCAUCUGAAGAUGAGGAUGAAAGAAGUACUCAGAAGCUACACUCUACCUCACAGAACAUCAACCUGGGACCAUCUGGAAAUCCUCAUGCCAAACCAACAGAUUUUGAUUUCUUAAAAGUUAUUGGAAAAGGAAGCUUUGGCAAGGUUCUUCUUGCAAAACGGAAACUGGAUGGAAAAUUUUAUGCUGUUAAAGUGUUACAGAAAAAAAUAGUACUCAACAGAAAAGAGCAAAAACAUAUUAUGGCUGAACGUAAUGUACUCUUGAAAAAUGUGAAGCAUCCAUUUUUGGUUGGAUUACACUAUUCUUUCCAAACAACUGAAAAGCUUUAUUUUGUUCUGGAUUUUGUUAAUGGAGGGGAGCUCUUCUUUCAUUUACAAAGAGAAAGGUCCUUUCCUGAGCACAGAGCUAGGUUUUAUGCUGCUGAAAUUGCUAGUGCAUUGGGUUACUUGCACUCCAUCAAAAUAGUGUACAGAGACUUAAAACCAGAAAAUAUUCUUUUGGAUUCAGUAGGACAUGUUGUCUUAACAGAUUUUGGGCUUUGUAAAGAAGGAAUUGCUAUUUCUGACACCACAACAACAUUUUGUGGGACACCAGAGUACCUUGCUCCUGAAGUCAUCAGGAAACAGCCCUACGACAACACAGUAGACUGGUGGUGCCUUGGUGCUGUUCUGUAUGAAAUGCUCUAUGGGUUGCCUCCUUUUUAUUGUCGAGAUGUUGCUGAAAUGUAUGACAAUAUUCUUCACAAGCCUCUGAGUUUGAGGCCAGGAGUGAGCCUCACAGCCUGGUCCAUUCUGGAAGAACUCCUAGAUAAAGACAGGCAAAAUCGGCUCGGUGCCAAAGAAGACUUUCUUGAAAUUCAGAAUCAUCCUUUUUUUGAAUCUCUAAGCUGGAUUGACCUUGUGCAAAAGAAGAUUCCACCACCAUUUAAUCCUAAUGUGGCUGGACCAGAUGAUAUCAAGAACUUUGAUGCAGCAUUUACAGAAGAAACCGUUCCAUACUCUGUGUGUGUGUCUUCUGACUACUCGAUAGUGAACGCCAGCGUAAUGGAAGCGGACGACGCAUUCCUUGGUUUCUCUUAUGCACCUCCUUCAGAAGACUUAUUUUUGUGAAGAGUUUACCAUUCAGAAAACAUUAAAUACACAUAAACCUAGGGAUGGGACUGAUAAUACUAUUUUUGUGAAUACAUUAAAAGUACAUCUAACUAGUGCCUCAUUUUUACAUGUCAUGUUGAAAACUAUGAAAAAUGUAUUUUCUGCUGUAUGCAAGAAAAUAGGGCAUUUCAAAGAGCUAAGUUUUUGAAUUAAAAUUUGUAUACUUGUUUAUUAAGCUUAUUUUUAAACAGAAACUUUAAAAGCUAUUGUUCUUAGCAUUAACCUAUUUUAAAGAAAACAUUUUUGCUAUUGACUGUUUUUUUCCCUCUAAGUUUACACUAACAUCUACCCAAAAUAGACUGUUGUUCAACAUUCUAUUUCAGUUCACUUAACAUAUUCUAAUGCCUUUGUAGCUAUCCACUAUGACUUGUUUUCAGAUCAAAACUAUGCAAUUGGUACAAUGGUUGUUAAAGAAGAAACCAUAUCUUUCCGGAUUAAAUCACUGUUUGAAAUAAUCAGUUCUUGCAUUUUCAUCAGGAUUAAAAUAUAAAGGCAUAGUUAACACAUUGGCUGCUAGCUAAAACUUUGAAUAACCAUUUAUUCUGCAGAUCAUUUAAGAUUUAACAAAAGGAAAUCCUCUACUUUUGAAAAGCCA